AUGUGGGGUACGACACUGUAUGUAGCUCAGCUACUUCUGCUACUCACACGGAGCCUCCAGUGCAGGAAGAGGCAUCCCCACCAGGGGUACCUACACGGGAUUGCCCAUCCCACACUUAGACAUGAGAACAGAAGCAGGAUACAUAAAAUGUACGCAAGGAAAAAAAAAAAAGAUACAGAGCAAGAGUAUUAUAAUAAUUUUUUUAAAGAGCUAGAUAAAAUAUUUAAUGAAGAAGAUGAUGAGCAGAAGCAGGUCGAGGAAGAAGAGAGAAGGAAGGAGGAGGAAAUGGACGCUAUAAGUGAGCAGGACCUUCUGGAAGUGAAUUUCUGCAACUAUGAAAGGGACCCCAGGAGCUUGGCCAACUUGGUCAGGAACAAGACGGAGGAGGAGGGGGAGGCCUCUACCCUUGGAGGGGAUAAAGAGACCAUGCCAUACAGCUACGACUACGAGAGAGUGCUUAAGGGAAAGGAAUUCCUACCAGAAAAAAUUCUUUUAAAGGAAAAGUUAUCACUGGAAGAAGAUGAAGAGAAGAUUGUUGACCGAGUGGACGUGAACACCAUGAAUGAUUUUUUAAGUAAUUACCAGAAUGACUUCCAGGGUCCUUUUUACAAGGGACGCAGGGAUACGCGUUUCGGUCGAGAGGAUCUCCAAGGGGAGGAGUUCAGUUCAGAGGAGGGGGAGCAGAACAAGUUAAGUGGUGAUAAAAGUGCAGAGGCGGGUAUAAAGCAUGGUGGUAGUGAGAAGGACCAGCUCGAAAGCAUACACUUCUUGAGGAGCAUCCGGCGCGAAUUUGACCUUGAUCGAGGCAGCGAUAUGGUUGAGGCGGUGCGUCAGGUGGAGGGGCACUUCAUGAAAGGGAGUGUUGCAGGGGGUGGCGAUAUGCAUGGCGAUAGGCAUGGCGAUAGAGAUGGGGCAGAGGUUGACGACCGCCCCUUUGAGAAACACGUGGAGGAGGAAAUCAAGAGGCGCUGCACGGAUGAUGAGACGGUGGAAAAACUGAUAUGGAAAAAAUUCAUCGACAUGUACAAAGUAGACGAGGCGGUGAAGAAGACAAAUGAACAAAUAAAAAAAAGCCAAAGCGUUAGCGCAUUACUGGAGCUGUUUAUGGAAAAAAAACCAAAAAACAUAAUAAACAUUAUGUACAUGUUCAUGUAUAUUUGUAGAUUUAAAAAUGCAAACAUGAUGGAAUAUAUAUAUGACAGAAGAUUUGCUUCCUUAACGGAUAGUUUGGAAGAGGUGUUGAAAUUUUACCUGUACAUGUUCAGAAAAAAAAUAGACUGUUCAGGUGAAAAGAGGAAGACGGAACGGACAAUCAUUUUAAACAGCAGCAACAUUAUUUUUUUACUGAAAUAUAUGAACAAAUUGAAAUUAUUUUACAUAAAUUUGAGUAUUUAUAAUUUGCUAUUUUUGAUCAUGUCUCAAUCGCUUCACCUGUUCAGCAUCGACUCUUUAGUCGUUCUCUUAGCCUACUUGAAUGAAUACUCUUACUAUGGGAAUGAAAUUCACAAGAAAAUUAACCGUUCCAUUUUGAGAAAAUUUUUCCAACUUGUCCGUGUGGACAGGUCCAACCUCUCUAAACUCCACUAUGGCCACUUCAAGUUACUCGUAUCUGUGUUGGUGAAACACAGGUAUGUUGACGAUGUUGCGUCUUGCCUGCUGGUGACUCACUUCGCCAAGGACACAGAACGUGCAAUUGAAAGCGUGCGGAGUGGCCAAGCUUACUCGGGCAACAAAGACAUUUGCGAUGUCCUCUUCUACGACUCCAAAACGAAGGAACAAAAAAAAAACAAAGAAAAUUACAUGGCCUACCUGGAGAAUCAGCAAAUAGUACAGAGGAAAAAAGACGUAAAAUUUUUAUACACUUUUUUACAAUACUUAAUGAUUGGUAAGUUUGCUCAGGGAGAGGAAACUGUGAAACGACUAGUAGAUUUAUUUUUGCAAAACCUGUCCUUGUUCCAAGUGGAAGAUGUGCUCGCCAUUUUUUUCAACUCCGGGCAGCUCCAGCAUGGAGACCAGUACAGCUCUCUGAUGACCCGCUGCAAGCACGAGUUGUUGCAGCAGAAGAGUUUGUUAAAGGACUUUCAAAUAAACCAGGUGCUCUCCUUUUUCAUACUGGGCUAUAGGCGGUCCGUCCUUUUGCGGGACUACCACAGACGCCUGUUCAAGCAUGCACGCUACGUUCUGCGGAGGGACCAACCCACUCCGGGAAAAGAACCUCCCCUGGACACUCUACCCCACCUACUCUCUUCCAGAAGCCAAAUGCGCGCUCUUCAGCGAAAACACCUCCUCACCAACGAGGCAUUUAAAGACCCCCAGUUCCUCUACGACUUUACACACGACAUACACAGCUUUGUAAAAUUUAAAAAUAUGCACCUGUUGAAGUUUGUUUAUAACAUGUACCUACUCAGUCUCCUCUACUACAAGAAUGCUGAUGUCCUUCGCAUCGUUUCAGAGGUAUCCUACGAUUUAAUAGAAACGAAUAUUUUUUCCUUCAUUGACCAGUACUCCUACUACAUGUACGAAGACAUUUACAUCAUCAUUAAGGCAUUCAAGUAUGUGUCCUUUUUUCAAAUAAAUUUAAUUGACCCAUGGAAAAAGUUUUUUUUUCUUUUAGAACAAUUUUCAAAAUCAUUGAACUUGCAGAAUAUAUAUGACAUUUUUUUUUUCAUUAAUAUUUGUAACUUACAAAAUUUGAAGUGCGAAAAUUACAACGUGUUGAAAGUUCUGACCGAGCGCAUGAAACAAAUUUUGGAAGUCCUGGCCAAAUACGACCUUCACCAGUUUAGUACACACCCCCACACGUACCUGUUAAACGUUUUAAGCCUCGUCCGGGAGAAGCGGAACGAGCACGUGUGCGCCUUUGCCCAGACCUUCUUCUACUCUGUGUAUAAGCGGCUAUGCGGGGGGUCGGAAAAUGCGUCCCACGACAAUGUCUCGAGUGAAAAUAUGCCUCGUGAAAAUACGCCACGUGAAAAUACGCCCCAUGAAAAUACGCCCCAUGAAAAUACGCCCCAUGAAAAUACGCCCAGUGAGAACAUCCCACGUGAGCCGCGCGAAGCCUACCGACGAGUGAGCAGACGCCCAUACAACUUCCGAGACGCGAGGCUCUUCCUUCAAGCAUUCCUAACCUACUACAACGAAAAGCAGGAGCACCUAAACUUACCCAUUGUCCACUUUGCCCUGUUCAAUGUGGAAGAGUUCUUGUGUGAGCUGCGUGAAAACGUGCACUACUACCAUAGUAGCUACAUAUAUGGGUCACAGAUGGCGGAGCUUUUGUCGUUGAUACGCCAACUGGUGGACAAGAAAAUGUACAAUGGGCACAUCAUGCGCACGCUUGUGUUAAUAAUUAAGCACAUGAUACAUAUUCAAGGGGUUCACAAUGGCAGUGAUUAUGCUAGCGGGGUGAACAUUUUUAAGCCCUUCUUUGCACGCUUCUCCCAAGUGACGGAUGCGAACGUGUGGCGCUUCAUUAGACGACACGCGCCACUCACCUUCCAAGUGUAG